CCUUAUAUCCACAGUUUGGCUCCUGCAUUUCACGGUUUAGUGCCAGCUUCCAUUCCUCAUCCAACCUCAACAAAAAAGACUAUUAUGAUCUUCUGGGGGUGCCAAGAAAUGCAGAUCAGUCUGCUAUUAAGAAAGCAUAUUACAAGUUGGCCAAACAGUUUCACCCUGAUAUGAACAAUAAGGACCCACAAGCAGCUAAAAAGUUUCAAGAGGUUUCAGAAGCCUAUGAAGUGCUGAGUGAUGAAGGCAGAAGGAGAGACUACGAUGCUUUUGGAAUGGCUGGACAGGGAGCGAGGCAACAGCCAGGAGGGUUCCGGUCACAGCAGCAAGGAUUCCAUGGGUUUGAGAACUUUCAGAGUCAAAUGGACCCCGAGGAACUGUUCCGAAAAAUAUUUGGCAGUGCUGGUCUUGGCGGCUUUGGGUUUUCGAACCAGGAUUUUGAGGGCUCCAUGGAUGGUUUUGCUCCUGCUUCAGAGCUGAUGAUGGACCUGACCUUCCAAGAGGCUGCACGUGGAGUAAACAAAGAGAUCACGCUGAAUGUCAAAGACACGUGUCCAAAGUGCAAUGGCAGUGGUGCUGAGCCGGGAAGCUCCCCUAUAAGAUGUCCAGCUUGUAACGGAACAGGAAUGGAAACAAUUUCCACGGGUCCAUUUGUGAUGCGGAGUACAUGUCGACAGUGCCAUGGGAGACGGGUCAUCAACAAACAUCCCUGCACUGAGUGCAAUGGCAAGGGCAAGGUCGUAGCCCGCAAGCGCGUUGUGGUGCCUGUACCGGCAGGCGUAGAGAACGGACAGACUGUGCGCAUGCCAGUGGGCAGUCAGGAGGUCUUCAUAACGUUUAAGGUUGCCAAGAGUCGGAUAUUUCGCAGGGAGGGAGCCGAUGUUCACAGUGAUGUUACUAUCAGCUUGGGUCAGGCCAUCCUCGGAGGCUCCAUAAGAAUACCUGGUAUCUACGACGACAUACUCUUAAGUAUUCCUGAAGGCACUUCCUCACACGCUCGCAUUCGCCUGGCUAGCAAAGGAAUCAGUCGAGUGAACAGCUAUGGUUAUGGAGAUCAUUACGUUCACGUCAAGAUUAAAGUGCCUGUGAAAUUGACGGAUGACCAAAAGUUGCUGGUCCAGGCCUUUGCUGAGUUAGAAAAAGGGACAGAGGGAACCAUCAAUGGAAUGGCGCAGACUAAAGAAGGGUUACGAGCCAUUGACGAUCCGAGUGGAAAAUUGAAGAACAUCAGAGAAGCCCUUGCCUCGGCCAAACCAGCUCCAUCGAUCGAACUGCCCGCUCCAGAAGAACCUGUGUUGGCUGAAGCUCCUGCUGCGUCCGGGGAAUCAUCCGCUGCGUCUGGGGAAUCAUCCACUGCAUCUGGGGAAUCGUCCGCUGCGUCUGGGGAAUCGCCUGCUGGAUCUGUGUCUGAGGAUUCGGAUUCUGAUGAUAACAAUCACGCAGUGGGCAAAAGUACGUGAGGUUCUCCGUCCGGCUCUGCUGAUUGGAGAUGGUAUCAUACGCUGGAGCAGGGACAUUGGCAUUUUUCAUUCACCGGUUUCCUUUUACAAUCAUAAAGAAAUGACAUGAGACAUAUUUGCGCAUAGUGUGGUCUAAGUUCAACUUCCCAGUUUCUUUUGGCUGUGGCAUGUGUUCAACUUUUGUCAAGUUUUUUUUCCCACUGAACUGUUUAAUAUAUUGCUCGGAGAUAAAUAGAUCAGAUCAGCACAACUGGAUCAUUUGAAUAUGGUGCAUUUUCUUUUACAGUUGAGAAAGCAUGAUUGUCUGUAUAUGCCAUCCAAUAAUGUGAUAACUCAUACUUUGAGAUAUUUUUAUUGUUGUUCUGAUUGUACUCGCAUUUUAUGCCUGCCUUAAGAUUUCACACCGUGUAAUGUUGUCCCUGAAAAAAUAAUUAAUUAAACGGGAGUUACAGUGAAUGGAAUAUUUGUGCCUACUUGGGUGUGACAUUUUGUUUUGCCAUAAAAAAAAGGCAAACAUUAUGUUUGUGUAUUGUUUGUGCAUGUGUGCGUAUGUGUUUUGGGGAAAAAGAGACAGACAGACAGACAAAGGAAAAUCCUGUUGGAUUACCGUGUGUGUGUGUGUUCUUUUUCUUUCUUAAGUUCUAAGGAAGGGAACCAGGCUUUUAUUUGGACUGUUUUCACUUGAGAUAGGAAUAUUAGAAUGGUUUUCUAUCCUUCAAAGAGUCUAUAGAUUGUUACUAAGCACUUGAUGAAGCCAUGAGUUUUGUUUCAUUUGCCAGCCAAAAAGUUGACAGAAUUGGUGGUGGUUUGAUGUCAUAGAUUCGGUUGCUUUGAGCGACGUGGACCUGUUUCUGUGACACAGUAAAAAGUUAAAAUGUGGGUGGUUAGUGGGUGCUCUGGUGUGGUUUGCUCCUUCUUUCCUAUCAAACUUCUGUCGUCUUUAUCUCUCCUUCUCCUUUUGUGUGUUUUUUUUACACUCUUGUAACACCUCUAAUCUUCAGCACUUACAUAACCACAAAAUGUUGCAAGUGCUGUAAAACUCUUCCUAAAACUAAAAAGUAAGAAUCAUUUUUAACUCAUAGAAAGUCUCUUACAAAGCUUGGUGACCAGUGAGAGGUAAAUAGAUACAAUAAAAUGAAGUGGUAUCUACCGUUAUUCUCAAAGAAGAUGUAAAAUUCUGCAGAAAUAUUUAAGAUUUAAAGUCUGCCACUGUUCAAUUGUACUAUUAGUAUACAUUAUGUGUGUGUAUUUAUUUACAUAUAUGUAUAAAAAUUAUGAAUGAUUUUGUCUUCCCCAUUCUACAUUUGACCUUCAUUCAUUGAUAUGCUUUCAUGCAGUCCAAAAAAAAAUCAAAUUGUUUCUAUUAUCUUGUUGUGCUCAGGUGUUGGCACUGAAAAAGAUCAGUGCCAAUAUCCUAGUCCCAGUGUAAGUUGAAUCAAUUUCAUGGUAAUUGUAUGGUCAUAUUUUUUUAUAUUUUUUUUUUAAAAAAUAGUAUAACUGGGGUUAUCAGACUAUAUCUUUGGUGUGGGCCAGAUAGGCUACAUGCUGGGAAAAACAGUUUGGAAAAUAUGUUUGUACUUUUGAUCUUUUGUUGCUUUGUGAUUCCUAUCAUAGUAUGGUCAUGUGAAGGGCACUUGGGUUAUUUAUUGUUUUUCAUUCUCCUUAUCAGGUGACAUCAUGUGGGGCAAGUUUUCACCAGUUAUUCAUUUUAAUUUGGGGAGUUUAUUUUUGAAUUAAUUAACCUUUAUUCCUAUAUAGGCAGAACUCAUUUCUUUUUAUUCACUUUGUGGAAGCAGAGUUUGAGGUGAUGUUCCUUCCUUAUUACUUCAGCCUUCCCUCCUUGUAGGGAGCUCUAUGCUUUGUAAAAGUAAAGUUGUUCCCGCGUCUGAUCCGGAAAUUGGGGAUUGCAUUGUUAGUGAGACAACUUCCUGGGCCUUCGGCAUAUUGUGGUAGGGUGGCCAGUUCGUUUCCACACAGCCUUUGUACCAAAAGAUAAAGUUGUCGAAAUAACUGGUGUCUGGAUGGAAAGACGGUUCGGCUCAUUGUGAGAGAGUGAAUAAGGACUAUAAUUAUAUAUUAAAUUUUACUGUAACCAUUAGGACUACAUCCAUCUGCGUCGGUAAAUAUCUCCACAACUGUUUAUGUUAAUUUUUAAUAUUAUAGAAACAUGUUGAAGAAUAUUUAAGAAACUUAUUUUCCGUACUGUAAAUUACACUGUAAUGUGUUUUUGUUUUUCUUUCUACAUAACACCAGGUUAGCUAAUAAUACAUAUUUGGCUAAAAAUAUCUGUCUUCAGUUUAGUCUAGUUUCCUCCGAUGGCUAAAGUUUUUUUCACUGCAAUAUGUGGGAUCUUAACAACCAGGAGCAUUCAGAGAUAAGCAACUUGUAUUUUUUCACAAGAACAUAAUUUGUUGCCUCUAGUGUAGAUUUUUGUACAAUACAUGUGAAUAGAUAUCCCUUCAUUACUUCAUUGAAUGUGAUAUCACCCUUUGUGUUUGAUGAUGCUUUCAGAGCAAGAAGUACCGGAAAUAAAGAAAUAUGAAAAAUA